AAAUAAUAUAAACAAAAGAAUCAGAUCAAUUUCUUGGGCCAGGGUCAAAACCCCUUCUUACUUACCGCAGAUUAACUCUCCCUUCCCAUCAUCAGAUACAUCAUUUGUGCUGAAAGAAACUAUGAGUACUGGCCCCCGAUCGGUCCCAAAAUAACGAGUGGGGAUUCUUACAAGACAUUUUACUCGUCGGCGCAUCCUCCCGUAGUUGUUUAUAAUACGCGAUUACUUUCUCCAAAACGUUCGUCAACUAUAUAAACUCACCGACACGUUGUUUGAAUCAUGUUAGAGCUAAUCGUGUCUCCGGAUUGUUAACACACUUGAAUUGGUUGUUAAUUAGUAACAAACCCACGGAGUUCCAUUAGUUCUAUUUUAGUUAAUAUAUUAAUAGUUUAUAUUAUUUUUUGUGGGUGAUUUUACAAUUAAAUAUGAAUGUUAUCAGUAGUUGGGCAUUUUUAGCGACAAUCGCUUGUGCUUUUGUUGCACCCGUUUUAUCAGAAGCACCAUUGGGUGGCUAUUUGCCUCCGUCCACGAGCUAUGGAACUCCGAAUUUGGGUGGAGGGAUUGGGGGAGGUACUGGGGGUGGUCAAGGAUUUGGAGGUAAACCAGCGGGUACUUAUGGGCCACCACCAACGGGCUCAGGUGGAAAUGCAUUAGUACCGACGAUCCAGUAUGGUGCACCUUCGGGAGGUAACUCAUUUGGUGGAGGUUCUGCUGGAGGAAAUAGUUUUGGUGGACAAGCACCAUCAAGCCAGUAUGGAGCACCAUCUGCUGGAGGCAACAGCUUCGGAGGUCAGGCACCAUCAAGUCAGUACGGAGCACCAUCUGCUGGGGGUAGUGGUUUUGGAAGCCAAGGAUCUGGUGGAUUCUCUUCUGGUGGAUCAUCAUUUGGUGGGUCUGGUUCAAGACCUUCAACCCAAUAUGGAGCACCAUCUGCUGGAGGUAGUGGUUUUGGAAGCCAAGGAUCUGGUGGGUACUCGUCUGGUGGAUCUGGUUCAAGACCUUCAACCCAAUACGGAGCACCAUCUGCUGGGGGCAGUGGUUUCGGAAGCCAAGGAUCUGGUGGAUACUCAUCUGGUGGAAACGGUGGAUACUCAUCUGGUGGAUCUGGUUCCAGGCCUUCAACCCAAUACGGAGCACCAUCUGCUGGGGGUAGUGGUUUCGGCAGCCAGGGAUCUGGUGGACAAUUCGGUGGAUCUGGUUCAAGGCCUUCAACUCAAUAUGGAGCACCAUCUGGUGGAAACGGUGGAUACUCAUCAGGUGGAUCUGGUUCAAGACCUUCAACUCAAUACGGAGCACCAUCUGGCGGAAACGGUGGAUUCUCCUCCGGUGGAAAUGGUGGAUACUCAUCCGGUGGAAACGGUGGAUACUCAUCUGGCGGAUCUGGUUCAAGACCUUCCACCCAAUACGGAGCACCAUCUGGUGGAAACGGUGGAUACUCAUCUGGUGGAUCUGGUUCAAGACCUUCAACUCAAUACGGUGCACCAUCUGGUGGAAAUGGUGGAUUCUCAUCCGGUGGAAACGGUGGAUACCAAUCUGGUGGAUCUGGUUCAAGACCAACAACACAAUACGGUGCACCAUCUGGUGGAAACGGUGGAUACUCAUCUGGUGGAUCUGGGUCAAGGCCUUCAACUCAAUACGGUGCACCAUCUGGUGGAAACAGUGGAUUCUCAUCUGGGGGAAGCGGUGGAUACUCAUCUGGUGGAUCUGGUUCAAGGCCUUCAACCCAAUACGGAGCACCAUCCGGUGGAAACGGUGGAUUCUCAUCCGGUGGAAACGGUGGAUACCAAUCUGGUGGAUCUGGUUCAAGACCGACAACACAAUACGGAGCACCAUCAAACAACGGAUUCCAAGGUAACAGUGGUGGCAACGGGGGAUACAGCAGCGGCCGGCCUUCAUCGACCUACGGUGCACCUUCAACUGGAUUCGGAAGUUCAGGAUCAAAUAGUUUCAGUGGUUCUUCAAGUGGCUUUGGUGGUUCUUCCAGUAGCUUCGGUGGUUCUUCCAGUAGCUUUGGUGGUUCUUCCAGGCCUUCAUCAUCUUACGGUGCUCCUUCAAGCUUUGGCGGACAAAGCGGGUUCGGCGGCGGCGCUCAAUCUGGUGGAUUCCAAGCCCCUUCCAGACCAUCAUCAAGCUACGGAGCGCCAUCAGCUGGUGGACAACAGCAAUACGCCAGCAAUGGGGGUUAUCAGUACUAAUAAUUGAACGUGAUAACGUCGAGAAUAAAUCACGAGCCAUGAUUCUACUCAAAUCAACCUCACCCACAAACCCACAAGAUAUGGUCGCCUACUCACUAUCCUUCAUGCGUAAUCCACUUCUCGAGUCAUCAUCAAACAAAAAUAUCAAAAUGACCAUGUAAUUUUAUGUUAUUAUUCUUAUACAUUUAUACAUUUGUAAAUUAUAUCAAUUGACUCGAGUGUAAGAAAAUAUGGAUCAUCCAUUUUUAUUUAUUUUGUAAAGAAGCUUUUUAUACUAAUAAAAUUGCUAUAAAUAA